UUAUUAUCAAAAAUAGUAUGGCAAUGUCUUUUAUUUAUUUGUAAACAUUACUAGCAUGCUCGUUGCUAGUAUGCUCAUCUGCUGUAAGAGAGAUACCAGUAUGUUAUAGGAAAACCGAAUAAAAUUUUAAUAUUUACCUACACUUUCAUAUUAAGAUAAUAACUUUUUCUAGGAAAUUAUUUCUUUAUUCGUAAGAUCGCUUCUUACGUUUCGUCAGAUUGCCUGCUUUUGAAAAUGACUGGCUAUCUCGGUGGUCAUAUUCUAAGAAUUAAAUUGAAAAAUUUUAUGACUUAUGAUGAAUUAGAGAUAUAUCCACAGCAUGGACUUAAUCUGAUUGUAGGCUUAAAUGGAAGUGGAAAAUCAUCUAUAAUGUGUGCAAUAUGUUUAGGCCUUGCUGGAAACACACAUUUAACGGGACGAACUGGCCAGUUAUCAGAUUUUGUGAAGUAUGGAUGUGAGCAAGCAGUUAUAGAGAUUGAGCUGGAAAAUCCUUCAAAAAGUAAUGCUGUUGUAACUAGAAUCAUCGAGAGAGAUUCUUCAACUUGGCUGUUAGACAAAAAACUUGUUUCUUUUGACGAGAUUCAAGAGAUAGUGAGAAACUUCAACAUUGAUGUCAGUAACCUGUGUCAGUUUUUACCUCAGGAAAAAGUAAAAGAAUUUGCCAUGAUGGACAAGAAAGCAAGAUUAAAAAACAUGCUUCAAUGUAUAGGUGAUCCAUAUUUGUUUACUACAUACCAAGAGUUAAAGCAAUUGAAAAUGAAGUCAUCAAAACUUGAUGAGGAAAUAGGGUUAUGUCAGAGACAUAUAAAAGAAGAAAACGACAAGAUUGAGCGACUUAAAAUUGAAGCAGAUAAACAUGAACUACAACUUAGAUCGAUUGAACAUUUAAAAUCUUUUGAACAGUUAAAACUGUAUUUGGAUUAUGGUAAAACUCGGGAACAUUUUGAUGAAAUAAAACUUAAAAAGAAAUCUUUGAGAAAAAUAAGUGAAAAGUUGAAUGAAGAAAUUCCUCUUAUGAAGGAUAAAAUUAACGUGAAAAGGCUACAAUUACGAGACACUUUGGAGCAGUUAAGGGAGAAGAAUAGAAAACUUGUCAAUAUUCAAAAGGAUGUUUUAGAAAAACAACAAGAAAUGGCAGAGCUUCAAGAUAUGGUCAGCAAUGCAAAAGUGCUGUAUGGUAGUAAAAUUGUUGAAAAAAGGAAUCAGUUAACAAAAUUAACUCAGCUCUGUCAAGAAAAGGAAGAAUUAAAUUCAUUCUAUGAUAGCAGCAAAGUGGAGGGACCACACCUUGAAGAUCAAAAUAAAGACUUAUCAAAGCGUUUGGAGGAAAUUAAAAAUGAAAUAUCAUCACUUACAUCAGAUAGAGGUUACAUCGUUUUAAAGCUAAAGCAGUUAGAAGAAUCUAAUAAAAAGAAAGUUGCAGAAAUUGAACUGGCGGAAAAAGAAGAGACAAAGAAAAUGGAUUUUUUAAAAGAAAAUUUUGAAAAUGUAUACAAAGCUGUUUCAUGGUUGAAAGAUAACAAAUCCAAAUUUAAUGGAACAGUUUAUGGACCAAUGUUACUUGUGUUAAGACUAGAAAAGAAUCAUUAUUGUAAAUUAAUAGAAAAUUGUAUUAAUGAGGAGGAUUUAAUCGCCUUUUUUUGUGAAGAUAAAGAAGAUUUCAAAUUGUUAAUACGAACUCUCAAAGUUAAUAUUGUCUUGACUCCAGAAAAAUCUAUAGAGGAAUAUGAAUCUCCCACUCUUUCUGAUGAGUUCAGGGAAAUGGGGGUUGAAGGAUUCGUGAAAGACUACAUAAAAGUGCCUGAUCCUAUCAUGUGUUUCUUGUGCGAGUGUUAUAAACUACACUUGAUGCCUGUAUGUAGUUCCUAUACAGAUGAUAAUGUAGAGUUGUUACUUCAGAAUUUCCAUUCUGUUGUCACACCAGACAUGAAGUUUGUCAGGAAACAAUCAAAAUAUGGGGAUCAAAAUAUGAACACUAUUAUAGAUUCUAUUCGGGAGAGUGACAUUUUAAGAAGCUCUGGAAAUUAUUCUGUCAAUUUAGAAUCACUCAUAGAAGAUAAUCAAGAGAAUCAGGAAAUGACUGAUGUAUUUCUGCCUAAGCUUAAAGAGUUGGAGGCAAAAAUAGAAGAACAGGAAAGAGAAGAAAACAUGCUAAGAGAAAUGAAAAAAAAUAUCCAAACUAAAUUAAAGGAGUUUAGUACGUAUGAGAGACGACUCAAUCAAAAGAUAAUUUCAUAUGAAAAUAAGAAAAAAGAGCUUAUAGAUGAAGUAUCAGAAAAGAAUAUUGUUAUUAAAAAAGUUCAAGAAAUGUGUAACUCUGUGCUUCAAAAUGAACAAAUCAUUCAUCAUAUUACAGCUUCUCUUAUGGACUUUUCUGCUACAAUGGAGCAAAAGUUGAAAUGUUACCUAAAAGCACGAUUGACUGAGAAAAAGCUUGUAGUUAUGCAAAAGUUGUUGGAAGAGAAAGAAAAAGAACAAAAAGAAGUUGAGAAAGAUCUAGAGGAAGUGAAAGAAAAUUCUAAUCAGAUGAUGCAAAAAGGUUAUUAUUUGAUGGUUGAGCUCAUUAAGCUAGUGCCAAAAGAAAAUUCAACUGAGGAUCCUGAUUUUGAUGUGAAUUCAAAUGCAAGUAUACGUCAAAAAUUUGAACAGAUUAUUCCUGCUUUAAAGGAAAUGUUCAAACCCUAUUUGAUAAACAAUGUAUUAGAUCUCCAAAGAGAAAUUUAUAAAAUACAGACACAAUUGGACAAUUCUGAAGAUACUACUGCAGCUUUUAACGAAUUUAAUGAAAGAACACAGCAAGUGUUAGGAAUUGAAAAAAAAGUUGAAGCAUUUCAAAUGCAAGUAAAAGAAAUAGAAAAAGACAUGGCCAGAAAGAAAGAAAAUUGGUUACCUGAUUUACAAAAACACAUUACUAAUGUGAAUAACAAAUUCAGUAGAUACUAUGCAGAACUUGGCUGCGCUGGAGAAGUUUGUCUCGACACUUGUAAUAAUUCGGAUGACUUUCUAAAUUAUGGACUUCAAAUAAAUGUGAAGUAUAGAGACAGCGAACCUUUUGCAGAAUUGUCUAAAGCGCAUCACAGCGGUGGAGAGUGUAGUGUGGCUGCAAUAAUAUUUAUUCUUUCCCUUCAAGAUCUCAUGCAAAUUCCCUUUAGAUGUAUUGAUGAAAUUAAUCAGGGCAUGGAUGAUGUUAAUGAACGAAUAAUUUAUGAUUUGAUAGCUCUGAAUAUUAAAAAUGAAUUUUGUCCACAAUAUUUCCUUUUAACUCCAAAGUUAUUGCAGGAUUUGGAAAUAAUGGAAUAUAAAGACAUAAAGGUACAUAUCAUAUUCAACUCAAGCUUUUUAGAAAUGGACCUAGAUGUUAGGAAACACAUUGAUCGACUGAAGUAUCUAUCUGACAAUGAAUCCAAUGACUAUAUGUCAUCUGAAAACUAAAGCCAGUAUCUGAUUACCAAUCUGACUUCUGAAACUUUUAUCUUUUUUAAUUUGUUUUAGUCAUAUUUUAAAUUGAACACUUAAUGCUUUCCCCACUGAAUGAAUUUCCCCUUUGUUUAAGCUAGCCAUCGUGCAGUUUUUAACAGCUAAAUAUUGCAAAACGGGGUGGUCUUUUCAAUCUGCUAGGCAUUGAUAGUUUACAAAACAGAGAUCUCCCCAAUCAGCUGGCAAAAUAGAAUAAGGGAUGAUUGGCUUAUUGAUAAAUUAAUUGCAUUUUACUAAGGAUGAAUUGUGAUGUAACAAUGAAAAUUAAUGUAUAUUAACUAAUACAAAAUAUUGUUAUAGAAUAUAUUUUAUUAAUUGUUGCUUAUGUUAGUAAAUAUAUUUUAUUAAUUUUUAAAUAUUUUAUUCAAUA